AUGGAGUCCGAGGAGAAGCCGCUGCAGGAUGUGAUUAAAGCGAACGUAGACGGUGCUGCUGAUGAGUGUGGAAAGCAGGGUGACAAUGACGAGGGUACGCGAACGGGAGAAGAUAGUCCCAAGAAGGGUAAGGUUGAAGCGGAGGGGCAAGGAGCACGAAAGGAAAACGGGGAAGGCGAGAAGGAGCUUGGGGAAGGCGCGGAGGGGACGGACGGUUCGGAAGGGAAGGUGGUACGUGAGGAAGGUCACGUCUUGCAAAAGGAUGGGCCAGUGAAAGCUGAGGCUGAAGCGGGGAGACGAGGGGAUGAUGGUGCUGCGACUGCAAUGGAGGUGGAUGCUGAAACGAGGGUGACUGAAGCAGGAAUGACUGAAGCAGGAGUGGCUGAUGGAGGGUUGACUGAAGCAGAAGUGUCUGAAGUAGAAGUGACUGAAGCGGAGGGUGUAGGGAAGGAACAGGGUUUGGGGUCAGGAGGGGCAGGGGAGGGCGAGAAUAAUACGAGAGAUAAAAUUAGGGGGCAAGAAGGUGUUGGGGAAGCAGAUGGGCUGGACGAAGUGGACGUGGGGGGAGAGGGGUGUGGGAAUGGGGAGGAGGAAGGGAAGGGUGACAAGGAGAGGAGAGGAAAUGAUGAGAUGGGGGGAGAUGAAGGCAGGAAAGGGGAUGGGGACAUGAAAGGUGAGGAGAAGGUUGUGAAGAAGGGUGAAGGGAAGGGUGAGGAGAAGGUCGAAGAUCUUACUGCUACAGAAGCUGCUGCUGCUACAGACAUUAACACUGCAGACGGCUCUGCUGACUGUGGCCCUCCUGGUGCACUCCCAUUGCCAGCAGAGCAGGAGCAGCAGGGGAUGGAGGCACAGCCGCCCGUGGCAGCAGAGCAGCAGCUGAUGGACCUGCGCCUGCUGGCGCUGCAGAACGCCGUGCUGCCCGCGCAUGGGGAGGGGGAGGGCGCUGAGGAGGAGACGACUCAGAAUGCAGCAGUGCCAACCGGACCAGAGGCACCAGCGGAGGAGCAGCAGGUGCUGCAGGAGCAGCGGCAUGAGGGCAUGGAGACAGAGUUCCCAUCAGCAGCAGAGCAGCAGCAGCAGCAGCAGCAGCAGCAGCAGCAGCAGCAGCAGCAGCAGCAGCAGCAGCAGCAGCAGCAGCAGCAGCAGCAGCAGCAGCAUGAGGAUAUGGGAGCGGAGGUCCCAGCAGCAGCAGAAGCAACAGAAGCAGCAGAGCAGCAGCAGCAGCAGCAGCAGCAGCACGAGGUGAUGGACAUGCGUCUGUUGGCAAUGCAGAACGUGGUGCUGGUGCAGGCAGCGAACGAGGAGGAGGAGAUCGACGUGCUAGAGGUUGAUGAGGAGGAGGAGGAGCAGCUCAAGAAGCAGAUGGGCGUGGGGGAGGGCGGACCUGUGGAAUACAUGGUGCUGGGGGAAGCGGGGGAAGGCUCAGAAGGGGGAGUUGGGGGGGUGUUAGGGGCAGCAGGGGCAGGAGGGGCGGGAGGUGAAGGUGGGUUAAUGGAGGGUGGAGCUGCAGUUCCUGAGGUUGUAGGUGCGCUGGUGCCGGAACACUUGACUGACGCUGCUACGGGUGGUGCUUCAGGUGCUGCAGGGUUAGGUGCGGUGAUGGGAGGUGUAACAGGUGUGGAGUCGGGUGGGGGGGCAGUUGCAGUGGUUCCAGGUGGUGGUGGUGGUGGUGGUGGUGGUGGUGGUGGUGGUGGUGGGGAAAGUGGUGCGGAUGUAGCAAGAUCAGCAGGUGUGGGAUCAACUGGCGCUCCAGGGCAUCACCUGGCACACGUGUCAUCGCACAACCCGCCCUGCUCCCCCCUCUGUCACCCCCUCGCCCCCAACCCUUUGCCCCCUCCCUCUGCUGCUUUCCUUCAUUUCCCAUUCAUCUCUUCCCAUCUCUCCCCUUCUCUCUCUUCCCACUCUUCCCCCCAUCCCCAUCCCCCACCCCCUCUCCCCUUUUCCCCCAUCCCCCCCCUCCAGCUCGCCAGGGCGUCACUUGGCACACGCGCCAUCGCACCACCCGCACUCCGCUUCAGUGUCUCAGUACCCUCCACUCUCCCACCCACACUGACCCCCUCUCUUCAGGGUGUCACCCGCCGCACGCGCCAUCGCACCACACGCCCCGCCUCCCGCCUGCCCCUCAUGGCCCUGGACGGCCAAUCGGCCCUGCUCUCCCCCCACCACGCCACCCUGCGCACCCAAUCCCAAUCCCAAGCCCAAACCACGAGCCAGAGCCACGAGCAGCAGCAGCAGCAGCAGCUGCGGCAGCAGCAUGCAUCGUCACCCGUUUCCUCUCCUGCCGCUGCUGCUGCUGUGCCUACCGCACUUCCGCCGGUGGCAUCUCCUGCUGGUGUGACGGACAGCAAGGACGGCGUGCUUGGGAGAGGAAGACGAGCAAGGACGGCGUGCUUGGGAGAGGAAGGUGAGGUACGGCUGGGGGAGGUAUGGCUGGAGGAGGUAUGGCUGGAGGAGGUAUGGCUGGAGGAGGCUCUGUACCCGAAGCACCACUGGACCCCUCACCUCUCAGCGGGUCUGCCUCGGGACCAGGCGAGGGCUCUGGAGCAGCAGAGGCAGGGGAGGGCGCGGCGCGGGGGCAGGGGGAGGAGAGACAGUAGGCGCUGCUGGGAAGAUAUGGAGAAGGGGAGGCGCCGUUUUGUCCCUUAUCCGACUUCGUCUGUUCCUCAUUCAAUUCCCGACCCUUUGUUCCUUCUCUCCCUCCCAGCAUCUACAGGCUCUGUGCCCGAAGGUCCACUGGAGGCGUCACCUCUCAACGGACCUGCCAGGGGACCAGGCGAGGGCGCUGGAGCAGCAGAGGCAGGGGAGGGCGCGGGAGCAUUGGGAGGAGCGGGGGCAGGGGGGGCAGGGGAGGUAGGGGGCGCAGGGGUAGCAGGAGAGGGUGGUGGCCCGGCCCCUGCUUCUACACCUGUGCUGCAGGCUUACCACCGGAGACGGCAGGAGCAACCACUGAUCCGCUUCUCCAUAAAGAGCCUGUCAAUGCCGGAGCUCUCGGUGUGCCUACCAGAGACAGCAUCUGUUGGUGCACUCAAGCAAGCGGUGGUCGAGGCAGCCCUAGCCUCCUUCGGAAACGGCCUCCGACUGCGCAUGGUGUUACAGGGUAACCGCUGCACGCACGACCAGGCCUCGCUAGCGGACGUGGGUCUCUCCCACGCGGCGCUCCACCAGCAGCAGCAGCAGAAGCAGGCAGCCGCCGCCUCCCUCAGCUUCAUGCUCGACCCAGACCCCGUUCUCCUCCCCCCACCCCCUCCUACUCCUCCUCCUGCUGGCGCUACAACCGCUGCUACAGCCGCUGCCACAGCUGCUGCGAAACAGGCGGCAGCAGCGGCGGCGGCGGCGGCGGCUGAUCCGGACCCGCUGCUGCUGCUGUCGCCGCUGGCGCAUCCGGGGGAUCCCUCGCUUGCUGCUGCUGUGGCGGCGGCAGCGGCGGCUGAUGGUCCACUCGUGUCUGCUGCAUCCCCAUCCCACGCCCACCCCUCCCACGUCACCGAAUCAAGCAUUCCAGGCGCUGCCUCCGUGUUUGGUAACCCCCCUCGUCUCUUCUUCUUCCUUCAUUUCUUCCCCACCCCUCCCCUUCCCACUGCUCCCUUCCCCUCCCUCAUGCCCCCCACUCCCAUUCAGCCCAUCACACUCGCACCCCUCCCUCACAGUGUCUCUCUUUUUUCUUCCCCUUGUUUCUUCCCCCUUCACUUCUUCUGUUUCCCUCCCUUCUCCUCCCUCCCUUCUUCCCUUCCUCUUCCCUCCUUUCCCAUCUUCUCCUUCCCCCCCUCCAGCCCAUCCCACUCGCACCCCUCCCACAACACUCGAUCAAGCAUCGCAGCCGCUGCCGCCGCCGCCGCCGCAGCCGCCGCAGCAGCAGCAGCGGCAGCGGCAGCAGCAACACCAGGCAGCUCCCGCAGACACUCUAACCCCGCCACUCCCCUCCACCCAUCCUACCUCUCCCCGUCACACCUUUACGCUGCCACCUCUGGCCCUCACACUCCCGCAUCUGCCCCUUCUGCCGCUACCACCACCACGCCUACCACUAGACAAGCAGCAGCGCAAGCGUUGGCAGCGAUACGAGCACAGACAGAGCAUGAGCCUUUGGAUGGGGCGGGCGGAGGGAGAAGCAGGAGGAGGCGGAGGAACGACGACGAGGAUUACCAGGAAGGGGAGGAAGGAGAGGAGGAGGAAGAGGAGGAGGAAGAGGAGGAGGAUGAGGAGUAUGAAGACGAAGACGGGUAUCAUUCGCCGUUUGGGCGGUAUUCUAGUAGCGGGUAUGCUUCUAAAGGAGCGCAUUCGGGCGCUCUGAUUCUCCACCCAUCCGUCUCAGGGAGAGGCAGAGGGAGAGUCCGAGGAGGAGGAGGAGGAGGAGGAGGGGCGUUGGCAUACCCGGGAAGAGUAGGAGGAGCGGGAGAGAGUGGGGCACUGGUGUUGCAUCCGCACCAGCAGCACUUGCAGAGGGGGGGUGUGGGGGUGGGGGGAGGGGCGAUGAUGGUGCAUCCGAGGGCGAGGGGAGCGGCGGGGCUACAACUGAUAGAGCAGAGGAGGAGGAUCAGGCGGCCGUUCACUGUGGGCGAGGUGGCAUCGCUUGUGGAUGCUGUAGAAGUGCUGGGCACUGGCAGGUGGAGGGACGUGAAGCUGAGGGCAUUUGCCACAUCAAAGCACCGCACCUAUGUGGAUCUCAAGGACAAGUGGAAGACUCUUGUGCAUACGGCUCAGAUCGCGCCACAUCAGCGCAGGGGGGAGCCGGUGCCGCAGGACCUGUUGGAUCGAGUGGUGCAGGCGCAUAGCUACUGGCAAGAGCAGCUGAGAAUCCAACGCGAGGAACGAGACUCCUAA